AUUAAAUUUCUUGUAGCGGACAGAAUCAGAAGAUACAGAUUGACGGAAGCUAAAGCCAAAAGAGAAAGCAAGCAGGGUUGGAAAACUUGGCAUCAAGUGCCCAAAACGCUGACGCUUCUUGGUCCCGCCACGCCUUUUUCUCACCUCCGGUUCGCCGCCACCACCGGACUCUGCUUCGCAACUUGCAUGGCGCAGACAACGAUACAGCACGUGUCUGCUUAGCCGCAUCAAUAAUUCCCCAUUGUUCGGCGUUAUCGGUAACUGAGGCGCGCAAGACUUUUCUAGUUCUUCCUCCUAGGGUUUCUCAAAUUCCUAUGGACAGAGGGGGGAUUUCACAAUUAAUUUGUUAAUCAUUAAUAAUUAACAGUGUUAUCGUUUCUUAGUACUCACGCAAGAGGAUCGGAAUCAGGGAACUUGUGGCUGCCGGGAACUGUUUGCAGGACCCGUGCGAGUCCGUGGGAGCUCUAAUGGAGGUCGAUGUGCCCGAUCCGAAACCCAUUGUCACAAUUCGGAGGGAGAAUUCGGAGGAGGAUAGGGUUCGGGUCAAGAGGAAGACCUUGCAGGCCGUGCUAGAGCAGUGCCAGAGAGCUCUAGAAUUACUCAAUUCAACCAGCGGUGAUGGUGACGAUGAGGAGAGUUGUGAGGAUGAAGCUGCAGUGGCCGAUGAGGAACGUCGCCUUGAAGGCUCAUCCUCUAUGCGAGCUGAUCGAGAAGCGGAAGAGUUCUGCGAUCUUCUCAAAUCUAGGGUUGAGUGCCCUGCCUUCCUUGAAAAGCUGGAGUGUGCCCAGGCAUCAGUUUCACAGAAUGCAGCUGAUGGUAAUUCUUGGGAUAUGAUCAGUGACAAUGAUUUAUGGGAAGGUGAAAAUACUGAUUCAGACCAAGAAGAUUAUGUACUUGUUAGACAAGAAGAUAUAGCGGAGGGCAUUGCUUGCUUCAUGGCUGCAUAUUUGUUAUCUCUUAAACAGACUAAAGAUUUAACCCCUAACCAACUUCAGGAAGCGCUCAGCAAGACAUUUUCAAUGAAGAAGAAGAAGGGAAAGCUUCAAAAGGCAUGGGAUGGGAGCAAAGUCAUUUACAACGUUGCAUCCUGGGGAGCUACUGCUAUUGGGAUAUAUCAAAACCCUGUUAUUUUAAGGGUUGCUACUAAAGCACUCUGGACUUCCUGUCAUGUUAUAUCAAAGCUUCUCUAAUUCGCCAAUGCAGCUAGGAGCAAAGUUGCUUUGUAUUUUAACUCUUUUGCUUGUGCUGCAAUUCAGCGUGGUGUUCCACAAUCUGCAGUUUAUAAUUCCAUUCGUUUGCACCGUAGUUCAUUUGGUUUGGAUGUAGUUCGAUCUCUGUAAAUAUCUCUCUACUAAAUGCUUGGGUGCGAUUCAAGGCGUGUGUUUAUUAUUAAUAUUUGCCUAUAUGGUGCUCUUCUUAGCUGUCCAAUUUUAAUCAUUGAAUGGAAAGCAAUAAAAUCAAGUGAUUGUGUUGUCCUAA